AUGAAGAACCAGACUUUCAGUGAUGUCCUUCUCCUAGAGGGGUUAAAUGUCCCUCCCCACUUCUUUUUUCUCACCUUCAACUUCUUCCUCAUCAUCUACAUUUUCACCGUAGUGUCCAACAUCGGCCUGGUGGCGCUGAUCUUACAAGAGAGGAGUCUCUAUCAGCCCAUGUAUCUGCUCUUCUGUAACAUGAGUAUUAAUGAUAUUUUGGGGGCCACAACCAUUAUACCUCGCUUACUGAGUGACAUUUUUGUAGCAAGCACAGAACGUUAUAUUUAUUAUACAGAGUGUGUCAUUCAAGCAUUCUGUUAUCAUCUCCAUAUAGGCACUGCUCACACGAUACUUAUGGUGAUGGCCUUUGACCGGUAUGUGGCCAUCUGCUUCCCACUGCGCUAUGCCACCAUUAUGACCAAUAGGAUGGUGGUGAUACUAACUGUGUUGGCUUGGGGAGUAAUCCUUGUCAUGGUGGGGAUCCUCUUAGGUCUCACUAUCCGUCUUUCACACUGCAGACAGACUGUGUCACACCCAUUCUGUGACAACGCCUCGUUGUUUAAGCUCUCCUGUCAAAAUGUCAGCUCUAAUAAUAUCUACGGCCUCUGCUACACUGUAAUCCUACUAGGCUCAUCCAUUUUGAGUAUAACUCUAACCUAUGUAAAGAUUGCUAUGGUGUGUGUGACUAGGAAGAGGAAGGUGGUAAACAGCCGAGCACUGCAGACAUGUGCCUCACACCUAGCGGCCUAUGCCAUUCAAUUGGUCACAGGUUUCACUUUUGUAAUCCUGCACCGUUUCCCUCAGUUGUCUGACCAGAGGAAGCUGGCAUCCAUCAUGGUCAUAGUUGUCCCUUCUGUUCUCAAUGCUGUCAUCUACGGACUUCAGAUUAAAGAAAUUAGACAAAACAAGAGUCACAACUGUUCCAAGUCCAAGUUAAAUCUAAGUUUUUAUUUUUUGAAGUUGAGUUUGAAGUCAUCAAAUUUAUGA